GGAAGUACAUUGACUCAUAGCGCAACGGCAGGCAGAGUCGGUCUCUCAUGCAAUGAACUGUGUCGAUCGACAACCCCUCAAAUCAGGCGGAGUGAAUCAUCCAUUCAUUGACCAUUGCAACACGCACACGCCCCCGCAGGUGUCCGUAGGAAGAGUCCCCUGCAUGCCACCAAGUACGAAGCCGUCUGGCUUGUGUUGCGCUGUCGUGUGAGAGAGGCCUGGUGACUGUAUGUACUGUCUAUCCGUCAGGGAGGUCAGGUGGGUGUCCCGGCCAAGUCGGUGGGUGCACCCAUUCAUUAACUAGUGGCUGCACUGCACUGCCUGGUGUGACUGACACCCUACACGUGCCCUCACCAGACCCCUCACCUCACGCACACACGAGACUGACAUCAUACCACAGCCCAUGGACCGAGACAGACACAAGGAACUCGCUCGGGAGACCGGCAUCUCAUCGCAUCACACACACACAUACAUGCAAUGCAACGCAACGCAACGGAUGGAUGGAUGGCCCUCCAUCAGUGCAUUGCAUUCACCGUCUGGGCAACAUGCUUACGAUACCCACUCGUUUUGUCGAAUUAAUUAGCCACUGCGUCUGUCUCCCUUGCUGUCUGUCUGUCUGGCUGCCUGUCUGUGCGCUGGUCAGGCGAAUUAAACUUCCUGCCAGCUGCAGGUACAUCACAUCACUGGAACGCAUUGGCGGUGGCCUGAUAGAUGACGCCGGGUCGCGGGGGACCAUCCACAACACCUGCGCACCAACAGUCACACGCAUCGAUGCCCGAACUAACUUGUGCUCCUGUGUUGUCAUGGUAACUCGCUCACACUUGAGCGUAGGUACCUUCAUGCUGCAUGGUGGCAGGGUUGAACUGCUGCUGGUGUGGCUGCUGCGUGGGGUGUGGCUGUGGCUGGGGGCCGAACAGGGAUGAGGAGUCGUGCUGUGACUGCGACGAACUGGGCGGGCCAAACAGGUCACUGGGCACUGAAAGGGAGUGAACACAGAACGACGCAGGCGGUUUGGUCUAUGUCUAUCUAUCUGUCUGUAUGUAUGUAUGUAUGUGUUGUCGUGUCAUUGAUUAGCAGAUCCGCCUCACCUAGGUUGUGCUGUUGGUGCUGUCCGAAUAUCUGCUUCGGAUCCGCCGCGGGAGGCACCGGGGCGACAGGCGCCUGGGGCACGCAUUGCAACACAAUAUAACACAACACCCAUACUAUAUACGUAUGAAUGCACCGACCAUAUGGUGUUGUCUGUCUGUUGUUCUGCCCUCAGCCCACCCACCCUCCUACCCACUCACUCACCUGUGGCUGGUACAUGUAAUGGUGCUGGUGGUGGUGUAUCAUUGGCCCCUUCUGGACGUCCAUCCUGGCAUUGCCCCUCUCCCUCUCGUCCCCUGCGGCGUAGGCGUACCCCUGCUGCCUCUUCUCCUCACUGGGGCUGCUGGAUAUGGUGCUGCUCGUGUCCACAUGCACCCCGUUGGCCUUGGCGGGCACUCCAUUGAGGUCACUAGUCUGCGACGGGACGGUAGGGGCAGCCUGAGGAGGGGGCGGGGGAGGGGGCGGCUGGGGGGGCGGUGCAGUGGAUGUGUUUGCGGAGGCAUACGCUGCCAUCUGCGGACCUUCCUGUGGCUGGGCGGCUGGUGGAGGGGACGGUCUCGGCGGUGCACCCUGGGCACCGACACCACCAUGAAGAUCUGCCAACAGAGCCAUGAACCCAAAAGGAAAGACACCUUUGUAAGAAGUCGACGUGUAUGUUGUGCGACACGCACUCACACACUAACUCACUCACCUGUGGCCCCCCCAGCGGCCUGUUGUGGGUAGCCCAUCUGUUGCGGGGGUGGCCCAUACUGGUGGUGGUGCUGUUGCUGUUGCUGAGGGGCAUACCCAUACCCACCCUGGUAACCCACCUGAGGCCCCUGCUGCUGCUGCUGGUGGUGCUGGUGGUGCUGGUAUGCACCAUAUGGCUGCUGGGGGGGAUAGCCGUACGCAGCCUGGGGAUGCUGCUGCUGCUGCUGGUGCUGCUGCUGCAUGGACUCGGUGGCCCCUGGCUGUGCAUACGGUGGUGGCGCAUUCUGCCCUGCCGCUGCGUUGGCGGCAACAUACUGCUGUGGUGGUGGGGCUUCCGGCACCUGGUCGAGAGAGAAUCGAGACAGACACCGCACAAACAAACACAUGUCCAUUGCUCCGUGCGUUUGUGGCGCGCGACCGUUCCUUGGUUACCUUGUGGGGGUGUUGUGGUGGUGGUGGCUGCAUCUGUGGUGGGGUGGGGUACGUCUGUUGCUGCGGCUGUUGCUGCUGUUGUAUUUGCGGGGUUUGUGGCUGUGCGGGCAUGCUGCGGGGGGGCGGGAUGCGGUGCAGCAGACCUGUCCCGAUGUCACACCCAAUGCUGGGCCACGAUAGAGAAAGAGGAAGCAAAGAUGAGUGCGGCAGGUAGGGACGUGUGCCAUGGGGUACCUGCCGUCCCCUCCCCAGUUGUGGUUAGGGGUGAGAAUGACCUCUCGGAUGGUCUCGACAUCGCUGUUGUAGACGUACACCGCCACCGGCUUGUUGAGGUAGUAGUUGACCGUCUCAACCAGCUCAUCCAAAUCCUUAAACAUCACCUGCAAUCAACCCACAACCAAUCAACCAUACACACACCACACGAAUCUCUUCGUGCUUUUCUCCCUCCCUCCCUCUGUCCAUCCCUCUGUCCCUGUCUGUCUGUCUAUCUGUCUGUCUGUCUGUCAGUGAGUCAGUCAGUGAGUCAGUCAGGUGUCGUACGUCUGAUGUUCCGAGCAGCCAGUCCUUGUAGGGGACGAGGCCGGCCGCUGCAGCGGGCGAUCGUGGAAAAAUGUCGAGCACCCUGACCCCCUGGUUCUCGCAGUUCUCGAACGUGUCGUACCGCACCGUCGCGCCCAGCAGCCCCUGGCCGCCCCACUUGCUCGGUAUCACAUACACAUCUGUGACGUGCACAAACAACAAACAAAAACAAACAAACGAACAUUCAGUGAUUGCACCGUGGAUGGAAUGUGGGUCUAUCAUCUGUGUGUAUGUGUGCCUACCUCUGACGUUCCUGCAUCUGCAGUUGUAGACGGCGAGUUUGAUCUGCCUCCCCUCCGACUCCUGCAGGGAAUGAGUGGGAAUGGAUCCACAGGUGCCGAUAACGACAUAUGCACACCGCACCCUCCCCUCCCCCGUGUCGUGUCGUUGGCGUGUGGUGGCCGAAUGAACUGGAGCUGCUUGGCUGACUGACUCCCUGACUGACUGACUCCCUGACUGACUGACCAUGAUUUUGUUGAAGAAGACCGUCUGGUCAGGCACCUGCACACAUCGAUGGAGCUUAGGCAGACACAGUAUUCAAUGUCCGCCGUUCAUCGCCCCUUACUGACCAUCUGCAAGCCGUCCACCUCAGUGAUGAAAUCGAAAAACACCUCCAGACCCGCGCGCUCUGCACACACACCCAAAGCACAAACGCACUGCGCCGUGUGUCGGUGGGAGGUAGGUGUUAUCUUUCUCUGCGUGCCUGCGGGGCUGUGGCGGCACACUUUGAAGAUGCGGAAACCUGCACACAUUAUACGGCAGAAACAUGGAGAGGGCAGAGCACAUCAGAUCUGUCCACCUCAAUCACCUCCAGGCGCUGACUGGGAACCGCCCAUCUCGCCGCUUUCGACGCACACUAGGCCUACAGACGCCUCUUCU